AAACAAGAAUUAUCUUCUCUUUUGUGUUUACUGUUUUAACAGCAAAUAAAAUGUCUAAAAAUACUUUUUUUCUUUUUCGAUUAUUCGUUCUCCUUAUUUGUGUGUUCCAAGUUUAUGGUCAAAUUUCUGAUCAAUUACCUCAGGGAUGGAUUCGCGCCGGAAGUAAACCAGAUGAAUAUCAAAUGGGAGUCGAUUCUGCAAUAUUUCAUGGAACAGCAGCUGUUGGAAGUAGUGGUUUUAUAAAAUCACUCUCAGGAGUGAACUAUAGUGAAUUUGGUACUUUGAUGCAAAGGUUCACUCCAAAAGAAUUUAAAGGAAACCGAGUUCAACUUUCAUGUUUCAUAAAAUAUGAAAAUAUCUUAGGGAAUGCUGGUUUGUGGAUGCGAGUCGAUACCCCAAAGGAACAGACUCUCGAUAAUAUGCUUGAUCGACCAAUCAAAGGUACUGAUAAUUGGACAGAAUUUACAAAUGUUUUAGAUGUUCCUAAAGACGCGGAAAGAAUUGCCUUUGGUAUUUUAUUAAAAGGUGACGGUCAUGCUUGGCUUGAUGAUUGUAAAUUCGAAAUCGUAGAUAAAUCUGUUCCAUUAACUCCGCACUUAACUGCAUCUGCACCUGAAAAACAAUUGGAUCAUCCAAUAAAUCUUUCUUUCUAA